GUGAAGGAAACUGAUUUAAGGGAACAAAACCUUACGCCACCACCAGUCACACACAACAUCAGGAUUGGUAGAGCCCAUCUCUGAGCCCUGCCUUGCUGGCCCUGACCCUGAGCUCGCUCUCUUGUUGCUUCUUUUAAUGGGUUUUUUGUCUCCUAGGAUUUGUGCUUAUUCUCACCUGGGCGCAUACUAGUUCUCUGCAUGAGAGGAGAGACCUCUUUCAAGAUUGGGCAGAGCUGCCGGGAGAAAGUAGAAGAGAGAGCUCAAGGGGGGCAAAAGGAGAAUUUUUUAUCCAGCUUCUUGCUUGAUUCUCUUUGAUCCCGGAGAGUACCCCCCAGUCCAACUAAUCCUUGCUGUUCGUGUGCCCGGGCUUGAUUGCUCUCCAGAUCUGAGGCACCUGCCAAGUGGAUUCCAGGAAUCCGAGCACGAACUCGACAGGGAGUUCUUCGAGAAAAGGGGAGGAAGAAGCUGAGCUGGGCCGUGGAGAUAAGAGCGAGCUGGGUCUCAGGAGGAUGCCGUCAAGAAACCGCGUGGAGGGGAGGACGAUGAGAUGAGGGAUGCUGGCCGCGGUGAUGGACUACUUCAGCUCCUGCUGGGGCCCGCGAUCUCGGGCUGGGCACCGGGGCAAGGGCUCCGACGCGACCAGCCGGCAGGACGGCCUCCUCUGGUACAAGGACGCCGGCCAGCUCAUCACGGGGGAGUUCUCCAUGGCGGUGGUGCAGGCCAACCAGCUGCUUGAGGACCAGAGCCAAGUGGAGUCCGGCUUUCUCUCCUUGGCGGAGCCCGGUCCGCAGGGCACCUUCGUCGGCGUCUAUGAUGGGCACGGCGGCCCGGAGACGUCCCGCUUCAUCAAUGACCACCUCUUCAACCAUCUCAGAAGAUUCGCAACUGAGCACAAGUGCAUGUCAGUAGAAGUGAUCCGGAAAGCUUUCCAAGCAACCGAGGAGGGUUUUCUUUCUCUAGUAAUCAAGGAAUGGGCCUUGAAGCCUCAGAUUGCAGCAGUAGGCUCCUGUUGCCUAGUCGGUGUAAUUUGUUCUGGGACUCUCUAUGUUGCGAACCUUGGUGACUCGCGUGCAGUUCUUGGAAGACUUGUCAAGGCAACUGGAGAGGUUCUGGCCAUGCAGUUGUCAGCGGAGCACAAUGCUUGCUAUGAAGAAGUUAGGCAAGAGCUGCAGUCAUCACAUCCUGAUGAUCCGCAAAUUGUGGUUCUAAAACACAACGUUUGGCGUGUUAAGGGUCUCAUCCAGAUCUCAAGGUCUAUCGGAGAUGUAUAUCUAAAGAGACCAGAGUAUAACAGAGAACCUCUUCAUAGCAAGUUUCGGCUUCGGGAAACCUUCCAGAGGCCAAUUCUUAGUUCUGAACCUCAAAUUACUGUACACCAAAUACAGCCCAACGAUCAGUUUGUUAUAUUUGCUUCUGAUGGGCUAUGGGAGCACCUCAGCAAUCAGGAAGCAGUUGACCUUGUCCAAAGUAGUCCUCGUAAUGGGAUUGCUCGAAGACUAGUGAAAGCCGCGAUGCAGGAAGCAGCCAAGAAAAGAGAAAUGAGGUAUUCAGACCUCAAGAAAAUCGACCGUGGGGUGAGGCGGCAUUUCCACGAUGAUAUAACCGUCGUUGUGGUAUUUCUUGAUUCAAAUGCCAUGAGCAAAGCUGGCUGGAGCAAAAGCCCUUCAAUUUCUCUUCGAGGGGGCGGUGUCAGCCUUCCCACGAAAUCCCUUGCGCCUUUUUCAGCUCCUGCACAGUUGAACAGCACCUACUGAAGAAGCUAUACUGAAAAGAAAACAGUACAAUGCACAUGGGAGAUGAAAGCAGCAGCUGCAAUCAAGUGUAGUGUAGCACCUGCUGUGUUGCUCUUUGCAAAAACACUGUUUAGACUCCGCAUGGUAAUUAAUGUUCUGAUAGCGAGGUAUAAAAUUAGAUUAUUUCUUAGCGGCGCGAUCCCUUUUUUUCUCCUUUUUAUUCCUAUCCUUUUCUCUGCAUCCAUGAGAGAGCAGGUGGUUGUAAAUUGUCCAGAACAUCUUUUCGUAAUAGUCCAUCAUAUCCCCCCUUUUUUCGCGUUGA